AUACAUAGUCAUUUACCCCCUUAUUAGAUUAGAUUUGAUAUUCCUUUAAUAGUCCCACAGUGGGGAAAUUUCUGAUUUAUUGUAUUUUGUAUUAUGAAUCUGAAUAUGCAAAGUAACUAAAGCUGUCAAAUAAAUGUAGUGGAGAAAAAAGUACAAUAUUUCCCACUGAAAUUGAGUAGCAUCAAAUGGAAAUACGCAAGUAGAAGUAGCUCAAACUGACCCUCAAGAGAGCGCCUGACCAUCCAGACUGACGUCCAUAAACCAUGAGGAUACACACAUCUAUUUUAUGUUCAUAUUUAAUUGGAGUUUAAAGCUCUAGGCAAUGAUUCCAUACACCAUAUUAUAUUUGUGGCUCGAUAAAAUCAUGAUGUGUAGUGAGGAUACACCAACCAAAUGGCUUUUCUUCUAAUCCACAAUAUAUACAGUAUGUACAUAUUUAAAGCAGUUCAAAGGCACACAGAAACCUCUUUGGAAUAUAAUCAUUAUCUAUAUAAUUCCAUAGAGUGAGAUAACAAAUAGUUUUUUAUGGCUCCCCUUAUACGUUCCGAUCAUGCUGCACUUCAGAUGAGGGUUUUUACAAUGUGGGAUUGUGUCGACUCUGCAAAACAUACGGCUGUUGUUGACAAUGUUUUACUCUCAAAGUCAAUCAAUAACCACAACGUGUUAAAAAACCCAGAGAUGCUAUCGGGUCAGAUCAGUCUCGAUAAUUACAAAUGCACACAGAAGAAUUUACAAAUAAAUUAGACUCACAAAUGCACGAGGACGAUUCACAAAUUACGAUGUGUUUGUUUGUGGAUCUCACUGCAUUGUUUUGUGGAUACACACGUGUGCGGGAUUUUUGAGACUCCGCUGCCUGGGCUCGAUUCGCAAAUGCGUUUUUUCAACAUAGACCUACCUGUAGCUAAUCUGACGUCGCUCUAGUUUUUCAACCAAUCACAUGAGCGCAUCUCUCCCCUCCCCACGAGGCUCCCAGCGUCCCAUAAAUGUGCUAUAAUAUGUAGAGAAUAUGAGACUAAAAUAUUGAAAAUGAUGCUUUUUUUCUCAAACACUUGAUACAAGCCAGUUUUCACUCUAUGCCUGGAAUAUUAUAACUCUCUUGGUCAAUGACAGAACAAGGGAUUUACAAUGUCAAGAAUGCUUUUAUUGUCUAAAAUAUUAUUUUCUUUUCUUCAGCCCAUCAGAUCAGAGACCAUGGGAGAGUGGGGUUUUCUGUCCUCUCUGCUGGACAAGGUCCAGUCCCACUCCACCGUCAUCGGGAAGGUCUGGCUCAGUGUGCUCUUCAUCUUCAGGAUCAUGAUCCUUGGAGCUGGAGCAGAGAAGGUGUGGGGAGACGAACAGUCGAAUAUGAUCUGCAACACCAAACAGCCCGGUUGCAAGAACGUCUGCUACGACCAGGCCUUCCCCAUCUCACACAUCCGGUUCUGGGUCCUCCAGAUUAUCUUCGUGUCGACUCCAACUCUGAUCUACCUCGGCCACGUGCUCCACAUCAUCCACAAGGAAAAUAAGAUGAGGGAACACAUGGCGACACACGGGGAAGUCCUCAAAGUUCCCAAGUACUCCGACGACAAGGGCCACAUCAUGAUUAAAGGCGACCUGCUGGGAAACUACAUGACCUCUAUAUUCUUCAGGAUCCUCCUGGAGGUGGGGUUCAUCGUGGGGCAGUAUUACCUGUACGGGUUCAUCAUGGACCCGCGAGUCGUCUGCACGCGAGCCCCCUGUCCCUUCACCGUGGAGUGCUACAUGUCUCGCCCCACGGAGAAGACCAUCUUCAUCAUCUUCAUGCUCGUCGUGUCCUGCGUCUCCCUCGUCCUCAACGUGGUGGAGAUGCUCUACCUGACGUACUCCUGGAUGUCCAGGCGAAAGGCAAAAAAAGCGCCGUCGGCGGCCAUUGCUCUUCAACUGCGUUCAAACGGCGAGAAGCCCCGCCACCAUGACGUCAGCCAGAGCGCCGCCUGAAGGAGGCGCGAGAGGGGCGGAUACACGUGUAACUGAAGUGAGAACUAUUGCACCAAGAGUUAUUUAUUUAUGUGACGCAACAACAACAACAAUCCUGAAAGUGAUGUACAUUUGGAAAAAUGUAGACUAUUUAUGGAAAUUUAAAAGAAAUGCACAAGAAAAAAUAGAAUAUAUAAAGGCAAUGUAUCACUGAAGCAAACUGUUAAAGAUUGUACAACAUGUGAGCUUUUGUGAUUUAUAUUUUGUUUUUUUUGUGUGUUUUGUACUUACCACCAGAGGCGGUUUUUCCUACAGGCGGUAUAGGCGGCCGCCUAGGGCGCCAUUCAGAGGGGGGCGCAAAAAAAUGCGCCUAGCAAAAAAAAAAAAAAAUGCCAGCCAUUAACAGAACAGAAAACAAAAAAAACAUCAAAGCUGCAAGCAGCGUCGAACGGGUCCUCGCUCAUCUGACGCCGGCGCCCCCGAGCGAGGACCGAGGACGCAGGCACGCCGGUCAGACUUGACUCGGGCCGUGACUUGUAACGAGCACGAGAAGUUUGGGGCAGAUUCGACAAAGUCCAGUUGAGCCAGUAGGUGGCGCUUUGAGUCUGUGAACAUAUUCAUGCAUCAUGUGUCCCUACGUGAAGUGUAGAGCACGUCAUGUAAAUUCAAUGUAUAAAAAAAAAAGUGAUGGAAAAAAAGCUGUCUUGUCCUGGAAUCCAUCACACAUCUCCAGGUAUCCAGUCAAGCACUCAUCAUGCUGAGCUAUAGAUCUAGCUGGUUUACAGGCAGCCGUAGGCGGUCACAUUAUUUUGGGCACGAAGAGGGAGUGAAUGUGCACCGUUGAUCAGGGGGGCGUGGCCGGAGCGUAGUUCAGCACAGACGUGACAUUUUCUCAGGGAUUUUGUUCUUUAUUUAAUGUUUGUUCAUUGUUGCGAUCGUUGUUCUGUUUAUUUGAAAGAAAUUCAGUCUUGCAGGGCAAAAUAGCGUUUGAAAGUUGAAAUUCUGUUUUCGUGCAAAAACGUUUUUAAUUAUAUUUUUGGGGGGGCGGGGGGGGGGGGGCGCCACGAGUGAAGCUCGCCUAGGGCGCCAGAUGUGCUAGGGCCGCCCCUGCUUACCACGAUAUAUAUUUGACUAUUGCUCCCCGAAAUGGCCCAUUGGUAACUGAGACUCCCCGCUGUGGUCUGACCCAAUGGGUUGUGUCCCAGUUUGCACUGGUUAAAGGUUAGUUAGUUUGUUUUUCAAAGCCGUGUGUACAGUUACCGAUAUCAGUUAAUAUUCUUAAUAUUCACAGGCAUGCCUUUUAGGACUGUACUUUGUUUCAUGUUUUGUAUUGAAAUAUGAUAUGUGCGUGUGUUUGUAACUGACAAAAAAAUUAUUAAAUUAUAAAUGAUAAUGUUUAUUAAACAUUUCAAACUGCA